CUUUUAUUUUGAAAAAACUCCGCCCCGGGACUUCAUGUACCGUUUACUUCCGCUAAGCUUGUCAGUGGACCUGAAGUAUUGAGGCAGUCUGUUCGGGUUUUUAGGAUCAGGAUCCACAGGAAAUCAGUGUGUAUCAUCCCUCAGAAUAAAACCACAACAUUGUCAGCAGCCAUGGAUUCACCAGCAGCAAACCCGCACCCAGUCAUGUGCGAAGUCUGUGGAACAUACUUUGAGACGCGACGAGGGCUCUCCAGCCACGCCCGCCUCCACCUACGGCAGCUCGGUGUGACGUUGUCAGAAAGCAGUGGAGCUCCCAUUGAGCUCCUCUACCAGCUUAUCCGGGACAGAGAUGGUUCCCUCCCUGAUUUCAAAGCAGGCUCCUCUGGUGCUGUGGCGACCUCUCUCAAAAAAACAUCCCCGGAGGAGCCCGGUACACCUUCAGAACCAGCAGACGGGAGUGCGUCUUUCAAAGCAGGGAGUGGAGUCACGACAACUCCACAGAAGACGGAACAUCAGGGAUCUCCAGCCAGACGAAAAGAGUCGGCGAACUCUCUCCUCCCCUCGUCCCCCUCUGGUCCUAGGCCGGAUGAGUCCUUAGAGCACCAAACCUCAGCCAAGCCACUGUGGGCGCCGCUUGAAACUGAUGCCCCCAUCACUUUAGACACCCAUGAUGAGGUCCAUGUGUGCCAGCUCUGUGGCUGCUGGUACGAGACACGCAAAGGCCUGGCGAGUCACGCUCGAGCCCAUCUGCGCCAUAUUGGAAUCCCUGACAGCGAUGCCAAGAGCAGCCCUAUUGAACUUCUUUACCAGAUCAUGGAGGAGGAGGACCUCAAGCCCAUCAACAGCAAGCAACAGCAGGAGCCCGCCUCACAAAGUCCCCUAAGAUCCUCCACCAAACGUCCCUCCAGUGUGUCCUCUCCACCUUCAUCUCCGCCCAUCAAACGGCCUACACUCUCAGAGGAUUGUAUCUGUAUUCUGUGCGGGGAAGAGUUUGAGAAUCGUAAAGGCCUGGCCUGCCACUCACGUUCUCACCUGCGUCAGCUCGGAGUGGUUGACCUGAUGGGCAAAUCCUCUGCAACUGAAACCGUCCAGGAACUGGUCAGAAGCGGCGUGCUAGAAGCUAUACAACGCCCCAAAACCAGCAGAAAAACCAGCUCAUCUACAGAACCAACUCCUGCAGCCUCCACCUCGUCUCCAGCUCUGGGCCAAUCAAAGACCUCGCUUCCCUCCACAUCUCUCUCCCCGAGCCCUGCAAAGCCCACUCCUUCACCUUUUAACAGAGCCCCAAAGGCUAAGAAAGGUUUUCGGCUAGCAGUGGACCCCCUUCAUAGGAAGCCAAAGCCUGAGCCUGUGGAGAUUGAGCUGUCUAUUGAACCGAAGGGAUCCAGCACUGACAGCAACUCUCCUACGCAGAAGUCCCCCACUCCUGCACCUGCUCCUGCUCCUCCUGCAUCCUCUGCAGGUGUGGUUUCAAAGCCUCUCAGUGCAGCGCCCUCCACAGAUGCACAAUCCCCACCAACAGUCCUUUGUGAUUACUGCGGCCAGCUGUUUGAGACCCGCAAAGCCCUGUCAUGUCACGCCCGUGCCCAUUUGCGUCAGCUCGGCCUCACGUGGUCCAUCAAAACGUCACCGAUUGACCUCCUCAAAGAGGUCAUGCUGCAGGGUCCAGAAAGCCUCAAAGAAUCUGCCGCCAGUGGCUCAUCGGGCAAAGCCACGUGGACCCCUUCAGGAUCCAGAAGGUCCCUGGACAGCCUGCAGUCAGGGGAGGCAGCUGUCAAACCCUGCUCCUCACCUCUCGAUUAUUCCAUGAAAGAGAAAUCCCCACCUGGAAAGAGUGGAGCCACACACACAGACUCAUCCUGUGAGCUUUGCGGGUUUGAUUUCGAAAACCGCAAGGCCCUGGCCAGUCACGCACGGGCUCACCUCCGACAGCUGGGAAUCAUUGAGUGGAAGGCAGACGGAGCGACUUCUCCAAUCGAACUCCUCAGUGAGUUGAUCCGGAAGGACCCAGUCAGGGUAUCAGCAAUAACCCGGCGCUAUCGCAUGGGAGACCUUUACAUCAAGAAGAGAAGUGCUGCUUCGCCCUCUCUGUCCACAGACUCUGAUUCAGUGCAGCACUCCGACCACAAGCUGCGCAGAGAGGACUCUGGUGUGACUGCCGGCUCAUCCAGACAGUCACACGGCCACGCGCGGUCUACUGCAGCCCAUGUGCGCUCCCCAAGAGGGGUCCACCCACCAAAACAUGUCGUGCCUGCACAUGAAGAAAAUUCCCAGCAACCAUCACGAUCAGGCAGCAUCCCCGCUAUGCUGCCAAAGCCGCCACUAACACCACUGGUCAAACUGGUGGGCAAAGUUUACUCCCUCAAGUGCAGGUUCUGUGAAGAGGUGUUUCAUGGACCUCUGUCUGUUCAAGAGCAGUGGAUCACACACCUGCAGAAACACAUCCUGUCACUGGGCUACAAGGGCAAAGCAUCUCCUCCUGCCGCACCAGUGGCAGCUCCAGCACUCGUCCACCCGGUCGCUGUCUAGUCCAGCAAGGUCGUCAUGACAAGACUCGAGAGGAAAUGCCGUCUUUAGAAAAGUGCAAACUAGAUGUUCCCUUUUUUGUCCUACAGAGGGCAGCCAUGAGCCAUACGAGGAAAGCAGCUGAAUGUAAUCCACUCAGGUAAAAUCCACAAGACGCAACAGAUCACAGUACUCCUAACUGGAUCACAAAAGACUGUUCAACCCUUUUUUUUAAUGAUUAGUGCUUUCCUCCUCCUGCUCAUAGUUUGUACAGAUGUUCAUUGUUCUUCACAGCCUUGAUGAGGCAGAGUGGAGUGUAGGGAAUUGGAUUUUCUCUUCUUCUUUUUGUCCUACUGAGACUGGUAGACCGGUAUGGUCGCCAUAUCACUGUGAUAUGAUUUCUCUCCUUUAUAUGCCUUCUGUCGUUUUGUGAGUUCUUUACUUUUCAUCUAGAAGGGUUAGAUUUAUUAUUUUUCGUCUCAAAUGGAAAUGUUUGUGAAUAACACAUGUGAUAUCUGUAUCCAGCUGUUGACAGCUUGGUUAAAAAAAAAAAAAGUAAUGUCCUAAAAAUCAAAGCCUCAACCACCUUGACCUUAGAGACACUGUGUUUCUGUUCUUGCCAUUUUCUUCAGGUAUAACUGCUAAUCAUGUACUGUUUUUUACAUUACAUUCUUUUUACAUUUCUUAUGUACACUAUGUAAAUAAAAUUCUGUCUUGUACAUAACCA